AUGGAAUUUGGAAUAUCUUCAAAAACUGCUUGUAGUAGUAGCAGCAUUAACCAAGGCAGCAGUGGCUAUUACCAUCUCCUUUUCAAUCCCAACAAACGCAAAUUUACUGCGACUGCCAUUCCUACAGCCCAAAAGUCCAGUAAAGAAGAGUUAUUGGUAGUUGUUGGAGGUGGAGCAGCUGGAGUGUACGGAGCUAUUAGAGCCAAGACUCUGCCUCCUAACCUUGACGUGCUUGUUAUAGAGAAAGGAAAGCCUUUAUCCGAGGCUGUCAGCAAACGAAUUCCCUUCCUUAAGGAGACCACAUUCAAGCCUUUGACCAGCAUAGCAAUUGAGCAACGCAUGUUACCUCCUCAUUCUUUAGCCAUCCUAGCUGCAGCAAAAGGCAACAUUGAUCCAUUCGAGAAUUAUCAAACUUGUCUUAAUCAGCUCAUGACUCCAAACCAGAAUACAAUUCUUCAUGUUUAUUUAGAAAACCAAAGUAAGCAACUAGAAUCCACUGAUUUUGUUGUCCAAGUUCUUGAAAUGUGUCCACCAUUGUUGUUGCAAGUCAAUAUAAAAGGAGAAAACCCAUUACAUUUCGCAGCAAGAUAUGGGCAUGCCAACGUAGUGAAAGUCCUCAUUAACCGUGCGAAAGCUCUACCUAUAGAUCCAGAGAGCAAAGUAACAGAAGAAAAGAAAAUGUUGAGGAUGAAGAAUGUUAAAAAAGAUACAGCGUUGCAUGUGGCAUCCCGAUUUAUCCAAAGCCGCGUGGUGAAAAUAUUGACUGAAGAAGACCCUGAGUUUUCAUAUUCCGCCAAUGUUCAUGGAGAAACUCCACUUUAUAUCGCUGCUAAUAUAGAGUAUUAUUUCUCUGAAGAAAGGAAUAAUGAUAGAGCAAAGGUGAUCGAGGAAAUCUUAAGAAAUUGCAUUUCAGUGGACUAUGGCGGCCCUAAUGGUAGAACUGCUCUACAUGCCGCAGUCAUGGUGGAAGAUUAUGAGACGGCAAGAAAAAUAUUAGAAAAAGAAAAGAAUUUGAUAAGAACAACGGAUCAGAACGGAUGGUCACCACUUCACUAUUCUGCUUAUUUCUCAAGCUUUUAUUUACCCAAAGUAUUACUAGAAUAUGAUGCGUCCGCAGCCUACAUUGUUGACGCUGACAAGAACAGAACAGCCCUUCAUAUAGCCGCCCUUGGAGGCAAUGUGGAAGCAAUGAAAGAGAUUGUUUCUUCCUCUGAAAUUCCAGAAAUUGACAGACUUAAAACUGAGAAGGAUGACAAAGGAAACACGCCCUUCCAUCUAGUUGCUGCUUUAGCGUUCAGACAAGUGGACUGGGGCGAGUUUGUAUAUGAAAGUAAAAUGGAUAAAGAGAUGAUAUGUGGUCGCAAUAAACAAAACCUAAGCAUCAAAAACAUAUUGCAAGGAACUAAUCCUGAGAUGCAGAGAGAGAUCUUAGAAUCCAUUGAAGAUGUUGGGAGUGGACCCUUUGGACGCAUUGUUGUGGGAGAAGUAAAAUGGGCAAGCUCAGAGGACAAAAAGAAACUGAAUGAAAUCUUUGAUAAAAUGAGAGAGGCUCAUCUAGUGGUAGCAGCGCUCAUAGCAACGGUAACAUUUGCAGCAGCUUUCACCUUGCCUGGCGGUUACAAGAACGAAGAAGGCCCUAAUCAAGGCACGGCAAUUCUUACUAAAAAAGCUGCUUUUAUAGCAUUUGUCAUAUCAGAUGCAAUAGCAAUGGUGCUCUCACUUUCUGCUGUCUUUACCCACUUUUGUUCGGCAGCGAUAAAUCGUGCUCAAGCUGUUGCUGAGAUUCAAACUCUCCUAUUAUUAGGAUUGGCCACAGCUGCAGCAGAAGGCAACAUUGAUCCAUUCGAGAACUAUCAAACUUGUCUUAACCAGCUCAUGACUCCAAACCUAAAUUUAAUUCUUCAUGUUUAUUUCGAAAACCAAAGUGAGGAACCAGAAUUCACUGAUUUUGUUGAUCAAGUUCUUGAAACGUGUCCAGCAUUGCUGUUGCAAGUCAAUUUAGAAGGAGAAACCCCAUUACAUUUCGCAGCAAGAUAUGGGCAUGCCAAAGUAGUGAAAGUUCUUAUUGACCGUGCGAAAGCUCUACCUAUCGAUCCAGAGAGCGGGCUAACUGAAGCACAGAAGAUGAUGAGAAUGAAAAACGUAGAGAAAGAUACAGCGUUGCAUGUGGUAGCUCGAAAUAGCCGCAGCAAUGUUGUGAAAAUAUUGACCAAAGAGGACCCAGAGUUUUCAUAUUCCGCCAAUGAUCAUGGAGAAACUCCACUGUAUAUCGCUGCUUCUGUAGGCUAUCGGAUGGUGAUCGAACACCCUACUGCCAGCAAACUCCUACAGCACCUCCUAGACAUCCACUCAUCACCCUAA